CACGAGGUUAGAUCAUAUGGGUAAAAGAUGGCUGUGGGUAUUUGGUCGUUUGUGUAGGUAUACGGGGGUAGUGGACCAUUGCAUUGGGAUGAUAUGAGAAGAGACUGAGCUGUUUCAAAGAAAAUGCCGAAUAUGAAUAGACAGCGCGGAAUGGACCAAGAAAAUGAAUCUGCAACGGCAACAUUUAUUUCUAUAAGGAAGUGUCCCGUUUUAUAACAUCUGCAUGUUUUGCAAUAGUGAUCGAAAAAUGAGUCGCGGGUAGUGUUCUUACUGAGCCCUGUUAUGUGAAGGGUAAUUGUGCCAUUGAUUACCUACUGGUUUCUAAGACGACGGCUGGCGAUUCUGGUCGUUCGCUUCAUGUCUUUUUGUUUAAACUGGAAUUAUGAUUGGUGCCCCUGAUGUGGUGGCUUUUACUAAGGAGGAGGAAUAUGAUAAUGGUUACGAUAAUUUUAUUCCCCUGCCUGAGGAGUAUUCAGUUCCUUUAUCUCCAUUCUCCAGUGAUGCCAACCCGUGGACUAAAAGCUAUAAUGCUAAGUUUGUUAAGGACUUUAUUCUUAUUUCAGAGUUUUCUGAGCAAGUUGGACCCCAGCCCUUGUUGACAUUUCCUGAUGAUCCAAAAGUAUGUGGCUCUUUUGAUCUCAAUUACUUUUCUCUCAGGAUCAUGUCUGUGGAUUACCAAGCUUCUUUUGUUGGACAUCCUCCUGGUUCUGCUUACCCAAAGUUAAAUUUUGUGGAAGAUUCACAAGUUGUCCUUGGGGACUCCAAAGAAGGGGCCUUUGCUUACGUGCAUCAUUUAACGUUAUAUGAUUUGGAGGCAAGGGGGUUUGUGAGACCGUUUUGUAUGGCUUACAUUUCAACUGAUGAACAAAAAAUUAUGCAGCAGUUUCAGGAACUAGCGUCUGAGUUCUCUAAAGUAUCAGAGCUACUGAAAUCUGGAAAUAGGAAAGCAUUUGCUAACGAGCUUGAAAAGAAAUUAAAAGAUUUGAACUAUACUAGAACUGUGUUGCAUAAAGAAACAGAAAUACAAAAGAGAACUAAUGACCGGGGUUACUACACAACGCAGGCAAUUGAGAAAGCUAAUGAGCUUGCCAAUGUUGAAAAAUCCAUUAUUGAACAUCAGGACCUGUUGAAACAGAUAAGAACAUAUCCUGGAAGAAAGCUUGCAAAUGCAGGGCUUUCUUUAGAUUCGCUGAAUAUAGUUGAGCAGGUAAGUACCAGCCUGGAUCAGGUGUCUGACACCGCAGAUACUGAAGAACAACCUGAGAUCAAUAACUGUACUCGCAGACUUUCAUACACACCACAGUUCAUUAAGGCUAAGUCUGCCAAGUGUUUUGAUAAAAAACUGAAGACACUGGAAGAACUCUGUGAUGUUUACUAUUUUAAUCAGACUAUAGACCACCUGACUCGACUUGAGAGAAUGUUCAGAGAAGACUUGUGCUAUCUUCUAAUGACACCGAUUGAUGGGUCCCUUUUAAAGCAACAGAAAAUAACAUCAUUUCUUUUUGCAGACAUAGGCCUUAUUGAGGAUGAAUGUAGAGAACAACAGCAUAGUUCUGAUAAAAUGCCACACAGUCAAGACAAUUUUGCUCUCAAAACUGUAGAGGAAACUUGUAGCCCUGAAUUGUCGACUAGCUUAGAGGAGUCUUACAGCUCCUCUGUUGGUUAUUUACCCAUUAAACUUGAUCAAGAAGUCCCGGAUGUUCCCCAUGAAAAUGAAAUGUCUGCGUUGUGUGUGUCUGAUCAUCUCGGAAGUUCACAGUAUCUCAACCCUGAUACCAGAGGAAGUGUAAGCAGUGGUGAAAGUAUAGAAGUCAUAGGCUCAGAAAAAUCCACAUUGCCAUUAAGUAAGUCUGAAAGUCAGCCAAGUCUGCAGAUUCAUUAUCCAGAUGUUAGGAAGAAAGCAGUAAAUAGGACUAACAGUGAGGACAGCAUUGAAGUGCUCAUUUCAGCGGAGUCUUUGUUGCGUUCAGAUAUCAGGGUUAGCCAUCAUGGAGCAAUUGAUGAAGAGCCUUAUGUGAAUGAUGAUUUACAGUUUGAGUGCAGUAGUACAGUUCAGCAGGAGGAUGAAGGUGGUAUUGAAUAUUAUUAUGAGAAUGAACAAAUGCCAGAAGAUUCCACGUGCUGCAUUGGUAAAGAGAGUCCAAAUGUCCAUUUCAGUGCUGUAGAUCAGGAAUGCUUUGACAGUGUGGUCAGUGUCCCACCUCAGCCAUAUAAACAGACAGAACAAGGAGCCUUUACAUGUGCUUCGGAAGAUGGGCAACACUCCACAGGGAUACUUUCCACAGGUGAACCAACACAUUUAUCAGUUAAUGGGGAUGCAUCUAGGGCUGACAUGGAAGAAUCUUUUGAUUCAACCAGUUACAUAAGUAGUGCCUCAAAAAGUUCUGAUUGUACUCCUCUGUGUGCAAAUUCGUGUAGCCAGGUGUCUGGCAAGAAAAAACGAAAAGUAGGGAAGAUUGCAUUAAAUUUUAUCAGACAGUACUCAUUUGCACAACCUGCGAUAUUCUCCCUGCUUAGUGGGAGAACACUUGUGGUAGUAGGUGAAGUUGAAAAGACUGUAAAGAAGCUUGUGACUGGUUUAUCAAUUUUUGUUCCCAAAUUCAUUGACUAUCCAAAACUUGUGAAACACUGGGUAGCUCCUCCUUUGCACAUAACAGAUUUUCAGCACUGGAAACUUAUUGGACUUCAGAGACUCGUUUCUCCUGUGGGGAAAAAGCUGUUCUAUUCAUUGAAUCGGUACAGCCGCUACAUUAGCAUUUUGGAUGCAGACAGUAAAACACUGCACUGUCCAAUUUAUAAAGGAGAUCUGCUUUCUCAUCUUGCAAAUCAUCGUACUCAAAUAAAGCGUGGAGAUACUUACAUCAUGCAUGUUGAAACCAUGUUGGCACAGCUAACUUCCAAGGUUUUUCUGUACACUUUCUGUCACCAUUUGCACGUACCUAUCAGAGUCAAUGAGCCUGAGACAUCUAUUGCAUGCCGUCAAAAGAAGUUUCUGAUGGAGUUACUAGGUUCCGAGAAUGAUGAUGCCAGAAUUGUGCAAUAUUUGUCAGAACUGAUCAAAAUGCACUACAUUCAGGGCCCCAUGAGGGGUGUGACUCCUGCUCUCAGGUUUGACUAUGUUCCCAGUUUUUUGUAUAAGAUUUAACACUGCAGGCAUCUUAACCUCAUUACUGGAAUGUACAGAGUCUGACAAACAGGGAGGUUCUUAGAGCUGUGUGUGGAGCUGAACUUGCAGUAACUUUUUUUUUUUUUACUGAAAAUAGCAUGAUUGUGUAAAACAGACAGGUCCUAUGAAACAGCACUUUUUACAGUUAAGAAAUUGUUCUGCAAGUUGUAGUUCCUUUUUUUUCUACCUUAAAUGCAAAUCUUGGUAACAGACACUAUUUCAUAUUACACUAGUCCAUUUGUGACUCA